AUGGCCCAAAAAAUCGGUGAGAAAAUUAUAUCCAAGAAAGUAGAAAAGCAAUUGUGGGAGGAAAACGAAUUACCUGAAAUCACGUUGGCUCAUCCCAAAGCCAAAAAGUGGAUUGUUUCAAUGGCUACGGCCAACUAUCAAGAAUUGGUCAAGCUGGCCAGCGAAUGGCCGGAACUUGUUAAAUUACGAGAUCCUUUUACGGGUUAUUCUGCUUUACAUUGGGCCGCAAAACACGGUCGUGAGGAUAUGGUGAACUUACUUGCGGGUAAAUAUAAAGCGGACGUUAAUAGUAGAACCAAUGGUGGAUACACACCUUUGCAUAUCGCAAUGCAAUUCGAUCGAACCAAAGUAUUUCAUAUGCUAUUCGAUACCUAUAAAGCGAACCUUGAUCUUUUAGAUUGGGCCGGUAAUAAGGCUUUGGACUAUAGCAAGCGAAAAACUAUCGUCUCUGUUUCGCCAUAUAGCAAUAAGUAUAGCCCAAAAUUUCUAUUCGACAAACUUAACAGCGACUAUCAUUUUAAAUCGCCAUCUAAUAUACGCAAUCUGUCAACCAGUAGUAAAAGAUCUCUUGGGGUCGGCACGAUGGCCAGAGCUUCAAUGCGCUUUAAAAAACGAUCUCAAUCAAAUGCAAACAGUCCUCUGAAUCGUACGCAGUCAUUAGGGACUAGCUUUCCUUCAAAUUCAAUGUUAUCUUUAGCGGGUAAUGAAGAGAAUUUACAGCCGUGCUGGUUGUCAACAUCGAAUGUUUCAGCGACAUCCGAUGAUUUAUUGUCGAACGAUGCACAUAGUGAAGGUACUCGUGUAAGUCCCCGUAGUAAAACACGCGCUGCUACCGUCUUAUUUUAG